CCGACAGCAGUCUAUCGUCGUCGUCCGUCCGUUACAUGCGCCCGUACCGUCGUCUACAGUCGUCGUUUCUGCAGAUCGUUGUUUUAUAACCCGUCUGUACUGUUAUUGUCGCAUUUCAUUCGCCGCGCUUAGUACUGCAGCCGUGUGCGUCCGAAGUGCAGUGCGCGUAUACCUACAAGACGACCCGCUCGAAUGCAGCGGACAACAGCCGCUUUUGGUACGUCGUUGGCGCGCGAGUGAUCGUAUUUCCGCGUCUUACGAUUUUUCCAUUUAAAUGACAGUUUCGUUUGUUAAGCACACCAAUCAUACGUCGCAGUUCGUAUAAACAUACCUGUCAAACAUAUUAAAUACGAACGACUGUUUCCGCGUCGAUUAAAAUGAUACAAGUGGCCGCGACGCCGAUGAUCGUCAAACCGAAAAUCGGAUUCUCCAUCGAGUCCAUAGUGGGCGCGGGUUCCCGGUCGCCGGCCAGGAGCGAAGGUUCGUCGGUAGCGCACGACGAGAGCGAGGCGUGCAGUUCGGCCGCCGGUUCGCCGCUGAACCCGGGAAGCGUAUCGCCGCCGCCGCCGUCGUCGCAUCACCACCAUCACCAUCACCAGCAGCAGCAUCAGCAACACCAACAUCAACAGUCCCAUCACGUGCACCAACACCAGCAGCAGCAACAGCAACACGAACAGCAGCAGACUUCCGCGGCAAGCGGCACCGGCGGCACGACCGUGUUCAAGCCGUCCGCGCUGCCAGCUGCCGCCGGUUACGGAUCAUCGUCCGUGGCCGCCGCAGCAGCCGCCGCCGCAGCCGCCGGACACUUGGCCAAAGGGUUGCAGUACGUGCACGAACCUUUGACGCCGCCGCCCGCCCACCCCCAUCCUCAUCAUCCGUUCGCGUUUGCCGCAGCCGCAGCCGCCGCCGCAGCGGCGCACCACUUUCAGCCGAAUCCGCACCACCCGCAACACCAGCCUACCCGGGACACGUAUCCCCUGUACCCGUGGCUGUUGUCCCGGCACGGAAGGAUAUUUCCGCACAGGUUUCCCGGCGGUCCAGACAUACCAGGAUUUUUAUUACAACCCUUCAGAAAACCCAAAAGAAUAAGGACCGCUUUUAGCCCCAGUCAACUGCUUAAAUUGGAACACGCUUUUGAGAAAAACCAUUACGUCGUUGGUGCCGAAAGAAAACAGUUGGCUCAAUCGUUAAGUUUAACCGAAACACAGGUCAAAGUUUGGUUUCAAAACAGGCGCACAAAGCACAAAAGGAUGCAACAAGAAGAAGAAGCCAAGGUGCAGCAACAGCAGUCGGGUGGCGGCGGUGGCGGCUCGAAGAACUCCCAUCACGUCAACAAGUGGAAGCAGGAGACCCAGAACAGCGGAUCAGACAGCGAAAUGCACCAUUAUGGCGAGGGUUCUCCGCAGUCGGCGCAACACAGGGACGACGGGACAAUGCACUACGAUGGAUACAGUUCCGAAGCGGACAGCGAUGUCUGAAUGAUGCGUGAGUCAGUGCAGAUGGUAUAUAGAUACCAACGGCGUGGUAUCGUCGUUGGACCACGCGGUAUCUCAGUCGGCGGAGCGUCAGAUGACCGCUUCGAUUACCAUCUGCAGUGAGGCCCGUUUAUCUUCUUGUAUAUAUAUAUAUUAUUAUAUUAUGUACAUACACAAGUGUAUUAUAAUUGUGUUCAAUUAUUAUUUUCCAUCUCGUACGCACAAAAAUGGAAACUGUCCAUUUUUCUAGUCAUUUUGUGUGCGUUGUUGUUUUUAAAUCCUCAUUUUUAUAUACCAUAUAAAUAAAUAAUAUAAUAU